CCCUGUCUGUUGCCCCUCCCUCUAUGCCCCAUGACGGCUUGUCCUGAUAUAGAUGGACAGGGGACUGGUUUAAAAUGUCAGUCUCAAGUUCUUUUAGGAAGAGAAAGCUAAUUCAAAGAAACAGCCAGACAAGUGGUCCUUUCUCCACAAGAAUAAUUAUUAUUCUCCUUCGCCAUGGCCCACCUGGGAGCCCAUUUUGCCUUUAGAUCCCGCUGGCAGAAGACGGAUGAUGAACUCUGUCGACAUAGCAUGUCCUUUAUCCUUCACAAAGCCAUUCGUAAUGACUUCUUUCAGAGCUAUCUCUACCUGCUGGAGAAAAUUCCCCUGGUAAAAUUGUAUGCUUUAACAAGCCAAGUCAUUGAUGGUGAGAUGCAGUUCUAUGCAAGAGCUAAACUUUUCUAUCAAGAAGUACCAGCCACGGAAGAAGGCAUGAUGGGAAAUUUCAUUGAACUAUCCAACCCAGAUAUCCAGGCCUCUCGUGAAUUUCUUAGGAAAUUUGUUGGGGGGCCAGGGAGAGCUGGAACAGACUGCGCCUUGGACUGUGGCUCUGGGAUAGGAAGGGUCAGCAAACAUGUCUUGUUGCCGGUUUUCAACAGUGUGGAACUGGUGGACAUGAUGGAAUCAUUCCUCCUGGAAGCUCAGAACUACCUGCAGAUUGAAGGGGACAAGGUAGAAAGCUACCACUGCUACAGCCUGCAGGAAUUUACACCUUCCUUUGGGAGAUAUGAUGUCAUCUGGAUUCAGUGGGUCUCUGGGUACCUGACCGAUAAGGACCUUCUUGCAUUUCUUUCCCGGUGCUGUGAUGGCCUGAAGGAAAAUGGCAUCAUCAUACUGAAGGACAAUGUGGCUCGGGAGGGCUGUAUCUUCGAUCUCUCUGACAGCAGUGUGACUCGGGAUAUGGACAUCCUUCAAAGCCUCAUAAGGAAGAGUGGGCUGCUAGUGCUGGGCCAGCAGAAGCAAGAAGGCUUUCCAGAGCAGUGCAUUCCAGUGUGGAUGUUUGCACUGCACAGUGCCAGACAUUCCUGAUCAGCAGGGGCUUGAUGAUUAGAGUGGGAAGUGGUGCUUUGGGACUGAGGUGCCUCUCCAAGAUGCCUCUUGUAAUACUGACAGAAGUAAGGAGAAGGGAGCAGAACGGGUGACUGAAAUGGUAGGACACCAGCUGUGAACAAGAAAGCAAAGUGGUAGAACACCAUCUGUGAAGAAGAAAGCCAAAGGAGUUCUGGAGUUCAGCCCAGCUACUGGCAGAAGAAGGAAAG